UGCUUGAGUCCCCAAGUGUCAAGGGCCCGCGUCGAGGUUGGAUGCACGGAGUUGACACCCUUCCAGGAGACCUCCUGUGUACUCUGCCCCCCCUCGCGUCCCCUCGCGUCCCCUCGCCAUCCCUGGCUCCCCGACUCCACGAUCCACCUUCCCCUCCUCCCUCUCCGCUGAGGUGCCUACUCCCGCGAUUGCAGGGCGCCCAUCUUCCCAGCCCGGGCAAAACCCGGAGAGCUGGAAUCCCGCGCCGGGAGCGCCCCGGCGGCCACUGGGCAUGCUCCGUUGUCAGGCAGGUUCGGGGCUGCGAGCCGCUUUUGCGCCUCGCGGAUUCCUCCCGCGGCCGCGCGUCCUCCUCUUCCCGAGCAGGCAGCGGGCGCAUGAUGGCGGCGGCGGGGAGCGCCAGCGGCGGUGGCAGCAGCGGCGGAGGCGGCGGCAGCAGCAGCAGCGACACAUCCAGCACUGGCGAGGAGGAGCGGAUGCGGCGCCUCUUCCAGACUUGCGACGGCGACGGCGACGGAUACAUUAGCAGAAAUGACUUAUUGAUGGUCUGCCGCCAACUGAAUAUGGAAGAGUCUGUGGCUGAGAUCAUGAACCAGUUGGGCGCAGAUGAACAUGGGAAGAUUUCCUUUCAGGAUUUUACAAGGUGCCGCAUGCAGCUCGUUCGAGAAAUUAGGAAGGAGGAAGUAGGUCUUUCUGAGAAGUCAGACAACUCCUGUAAAAAGAAGAAGCUGAGGGAUAGAAUUGCGUCCUGGCCCACGAGCAGCGACAACAGUUUGGGUGCCCUGUCAGCAGCCAGGGAGAGCUGGGAGUAUGACUCCGGUGCCAGGGACCUCCAGAGCCCGGACUUGCAAAGUCAGUGGGCCCUGCAGAAGCUUCUCGAGUGUGGCGGACGCUCUUUGCAUCAGCAGGCUGCUGCCCUCCACAAACUGCUCACACAGUCACGGCAUUUUGGCAGCUCUGUAGGAGGAAGCUAUCUGGAGCUGGCCAACACACUCCACUUGGCAGCCCUGGCAUCACUCAAGGGAGAUAUAGUGGAGCUUAAUAAACGUCUGCAGCAAACAGAGCGGGAACGAGACCUUCUGGAAAAGAAAUUGGCCAAGGCACAGUGUGAACAGUCCCACCUCAUGAGAGAACAUGAGGACGUCCAGGAGCGAACAACGCUUCGGUACGAGGAACGCAUCACGGAACUCCACAGCAUCAUUGCUGAGCUCAAUAAGAAGAUAGACCGUUUGCAAGGCACCACCAUCAGGGAGGAAGAUGAGUACUCAGAACUGCGAUCAGAACUCAGCCAGAGUCAGCACGAGGUCAACGAAGACUCUCGAAGCAUGGACCAAGACCAGACCUCUGUCUCCAUCCCUGAAAACCAGUCCACCAUGGUCACCGCUGACAUGGAUAAUUGCAGUGACCUGAACUCGGAGCUGCAGAGGGUGCUGACGGGGCUGGAGAAUGUUGUCUGCUGCAGGAAGAAGAGCAGCUGUGGCCUCUCCGUGGCUGAAGUGGACAGGCACAUUGAGCAGCUCACCACGGCCAGCGAGCACUGUGACUUGGCCAUCAAGACAGUUGAGGAGAUUGAGGGGGUACUUGGCCGGGACCUGUAUCCCAACCUGGCUGAAGAGCGGUCUCGUUGGGAGAAGGAGUUGGCUGGGCUAAGGGAAGAGAAUGAAAGCCUGACCGCCAUGCUGUGCAGCAAAGAGGAGGAGCUGAACAGGACCAAGGCCACCAUGAACGCUAUCCGAGAGGAGCGGGACCGGCUCCGGAGGCGGGUUCGAGAACUUCAAACGCGACUACAGAGUGUUCAGGCCACAGGGCCCGCCAGCCCUGGCCGCCUCACUUCCGCCAACCGCCCGGUUAACCCCAGCACCGGGGAGUUGAGCACGAGCAGCAGCAGCAAUGACAUUCCGAUCGCCAAGAUUGCUGAGAGGGUGAAGCUAUCGAAGACCAGGUCCGAGUCUUCAUCAUCUGAUCGACCAGUCCUGGGAUCAGAAAUCAGUAGUAUAGGGGUAUCCAGCAGUGUGGCGGAACACCUGGCCCACUCUCUUCAGGACUGCUCCAACAUCCAGGAGAUCUUCCAAACACUCUACUCACAUGGAUCUGCCAUCUCAGAAAGCAAAAUUAGAGAGUUUGAGGUGGAAACAGAGCGGUUGAAUAGCCGCAUUGAACACCUCAAAUCCCAAAAUGACCUCCUGACCAUAACCCUGGAAGAAUGCAAGAGCAACGCUGAGCGCAUGAGUAUGCUGGUGGGGAAAUAUGAAUCCAACGCCACGGCGCUGAGGCUGGCCCUGCAGUACAGUGAGCAGUGCAUAGAAGCCUAUGAACUCCUCCUGGCACUGGCUGAGAGUGAGCAGAGCCUUAUCCUGGGGCAGUUCCGGGCAGCCGGCGUGGGGUCCUCUCCUGGAGACCAGUCAGGGGAUGACAACAUCACUCAGAUGCUCCAGCGUGCUCACGACUGCCGGAAGACAGCUGAGAAUGCUGCCAAGGCCCUGCUCAUGAAGCUGGACGGCAGCUGCGGGGGCGCUUUUGCCGUGGCCGGCUGCAGCGCUCAGCCCUGGGAGAGCCUCUCCUCCAACAGCCACACCAGCACAACCAGCUCCACAGCCAGUAGCUGCGACACGGAGUUCACUAAAGAAGAUGAGCAAAGGCUGAAGGAUUACAUCCAGCAGCUCAAGAAUGACAGGGCCGCAGUCAAGCUGACGAUGCUGGAGCUGGAGAGCAUCCACAUCGAUCCCCUCAGCUAUGAUGUUAAGCCCCGGGGGGACAGCCAGCGGCUGGAUCUGGAAAAUGCCGUGCUAAUGCAGGAACUGAUGGCCAUGAAGGAGGAGAUGGCCGAGCUGAAGGCCCAGCUCUACCUCCUGGAGAAGGAGAAGAAGGCGCUGGAGCUGAAGCUGAGCACGCGGGAGGCCCAGGAGCAGGCCUACCUGGUGCACAUCGAGCACCUGAAGUCCGAGGUGGAGGAGCAGAAGGAGCAGCGCAUGCGAUCCCUCAGUUCCACCAGCAGCGGUGGCAAAGACAAGCCCGGCAAGGAGUGUGCUGAUGCCGCCUCCCCAGCUCUGUCACUGGCUGAACUGAGGACAUCAUGUAGCGACAGUGAUCUGGCUGCCGAGUUCGCCAAUGCCAUCCGUCGAGAAAAGAAGUUAAAGGCCAGAGUGCAAGAGCUGGUGAGCGCCUUGGAAAGACUCACCAAGAGCAGUGAAAUCCGACACCAGCAAUCAGCAGAGUUCGUGAAUGACCUAAAGCGAGCCAACAGCAACUUGGUGGCUGCCUAUGAGAAAGCAAAGAAGAAGCAUCAGAACAAACUGAAGAAGUUGGAGUCUCAGAUGAUGGCCAUGGUGGAGAGACACGAGACCCAAGUGAGGAUGCUUAAGCAAAGAAUAGCUCUGCUGGAGGAGGAAAACUCAAGGCCACACACCAAUGAAACUUCACUUUAAUCAGCACUUGGGCACCAAAGCUCCUUCCAUGGAAGCUAAACUCUAGCAGUUCACCGGGGACAGAAGCACCCCGGAGGCAGAGCACCUGGUGGGAGAGUGACAAAAAGGAAGGUUGGCAGGUAGGUCAGCACCUGCAUAGUGGAGUGCCAUGGACUCAUCAGCCCCAGGGGUGAGUGGCCUGGUGACACCGUGUAGACUAUCCAGAGGCUCCCGCCCCUCCCCUUCCAGGCCCACGGACAGCCUGUAAAUAACUGCUCUGUGCGCCAUGCUCAGUAGGCCUUGCUUCUGCUCUCAGCCCCGGCAGUCACUCUCCCACCUGUUCUGGAGCUUGUGCAUUGGUGGUACCCUCGGCAUUUGUUUUACAAGACUGUCCAUUCUUAUCUUUGACAUCCCAUUUCUCCUUUCUUCUUCAGGGAUAAAUGCUGACAACACAUGGGAGUGGGGAGGGGUUGUCUUCAGCCUCUAGAACUGAUUUGCUUAUUGCAACCAGGCCUUUGGUGUUCAAGUCCCACUACCAACCCCAAGACAGACGGUCACUCAGAGGUGCUCUGGAAGGGUGGUGCAUAGGCAUCGCUUCUGGUCCCUGAUACAUUUGAAGUUACGGGGGAGCAACCCCAGGGCUAUGCCUGACAGCUCUGUUUGGGAGAAUGAGCACUUCUUUCACCUCUCACUGUGGAUGUAGGGAUGGGAAGGGCACUUUCUUUUGACUCUGGGAUUUUCCCUCCCAGUGGAGCCUUAUUAAAGCCAAGACUUAGAGCUGAGAUAGUCCUAUUGAUACAUAUAGUGGAACUAAAAUUUUACCAGGAGUUUCUUCAAGAGCAGAGGAGCAUUAGUACUUUUGCCCACCCCAGGGCACCACAUAAUUGCUGUUCUGCGUGAAUCAAACAAAGCUCAUGCACAGGACGAGAAACAUAGCUCUGGACCUCUCUUUCUCUAAAGGCAAGAGGCAGGACAUGGAGUAGACUGAAUGUUUUGCAGGCUGAUACCACCUAUUGAAGAGACUGCUACUGAACCACCAGUUCAACUUCACUUCUGCUGUUAGGAAGGGCAGGGGGUGAAGAAAUGGUUGUUGAGACCUCCUUUUAUCCUCCUAGAGAAAUGGCGGUUAGUAUACGGUACUUAGUCCUUAAACAGGUUAAAUCUCAAGAAAAAUGCUGACAGGGCUGGGCGGGGACCAAAGUACCUGAAUUCUUUCAGGAAGGCCUCCACCAUCUUAAAUUCAUUAUUCCAUUCCUGUCUUUCAGUUCUUCUGUAGUUACCCUACACUGACAUUUUCAACCACCACUUGCCUUUCAUUCUGUAGCACCUGAAGAUCCACCCAGUCUCCUAAGAACUGUAUCCCAAUGCCACAGUGCACGAAGUUUUGUUUAUGACCAGGUCACAUUACAGCCCCAAUAUCCGUGAGUUACUAAAGGUCUGUUUUCAGACAAGCUGAGUUCCUCAAGCCUUCUUUGCAAUGGCGAAGGCCACUCCAGCCACCACCUUGGAGGGCAGGGCAGUUCUUUCCCAAAAGCGAUCACCCUUCUUUCUCAGGCCAGCAGUGAAGCUGCCUGCCUUCAAACAAAACAAAACAAAAACCAGUGUAAGUCUGGAAGGACCAGCUUUUGGCUGCUUUGAUCACUGUGAAAGUGCCCACUGGCUCCUGUUUCUGUUAUGUAUCUACUAUUUAGCAAAGAUGGUUCUUGUGAUUUUUUUUCUUAAUUUUUAUGCGUGUGAUAAAGUUUCAUUUUGUCAUAAGGAAAAUUUUAUGGCUAAAAAAGUAUGUGCAAAAGGGGUUUAAAAGGCAAAAUGCUGGUUUUCCCCAUUUUUCCAGUCUGCCUAGGGGAAACGGCCUCCCCUUAGCCAACUGGGAUGUCCAGGGUGGGAAACCACUCAUGGCUCUUCUGUUGACUGAACAGGCAUCAGAAGUUUUAAUUUCACCAACACUGAAAGUAAUAGCUGACACAGGAAUAAAAUCGUCUGCUGACCUCUACCAUUCUUGGUCCAAGUUAAAAGAGAACUCACUCUUUUAGGUGAGUCAUAUAGGGUCAUGUAACUCUUUCAGACUCGGGAGGUCUCAGCUCCUCCAUUUUAAGCCCAGUAUUACCCUACCUGGUCUCCUUUGAGUUUAUCCUUCAACAUCAUACUUUUUAAUAUGUGGUGACUAGAUCCAAACUAUUUCCCCAGAAAACUGUUACUUUUAUAAAGGUGUGGAAUAAAAAAGCAAUUAAAUAGUUGAUUUCCUUUCCUUGUGUUUUUCAAAUACUCCCUAAGACAAGAUGCUGGUUGAAGGUGAACCAAGAGGCACUGAUUUAUUCUAAUCAUGAGUCCCACUAAAACCACAUUGAUUAAAAGUAAAAAAAUUGCAGGUGCCUGAAAACCUGAGUUUUUCUUUCUAAAUAGAAGCUGGUUUAUUGACCUCUCCAUAAAAGGUAAACAAUGAAACAGAUUUGACUUUCGUGUUUUUGUUUUCCGGCUUCCUCAGUGGUUACUCCUUUUAGGCAGUCACCUUCUCUGUUCAGAGUUCAGUCUCUGGCUCUCAGAGAAACAGGCACAGGAAGAAAGGAUCCAUCUCACAGUUCCUUAGGGUUGUAUUUCCCACUGCUGAAUUAAGGCAAAAAUCAGGCAAAAGAGACUGCAGUCUGUGGCUGGAGCGGCAUCCAUGUGUGGGCCCGCCAACUGAUCUGAUGUUCUGCCAAACCCCAUCUGCACCAGCUGCCAGAACUUCAAUGGACUUGCAGGUGGGAAGAUUCCUCUUUGAGACAUACCAGAAGUUAUUUAUGAUUAAGUAUCUUGUGUGAUCAGACAGGUGAGAUUUCUCAUGCCCUUCCUCCAGCUCAUGCUCCAGUCCCAGCGGUACACACUAGAUGUUUCAUCACUGCCAAUGCAGGUAAUUAACUGUUUCAUAUUCGCUCUCAUCUGCAAGCAUGUCAAGUUCCUGAAGUUAAUAUCCAUGUUGCCUGAAACUGGAAUGUUCAGUUAAUAAAAAAAUUAAGCGCCAGUUAAACAUAAUUGCUUAAUUCUCCUUGGAGAUGCAUGCACCUGUUGCUAAGUCCUCCUCUGAGCCUGCGUCAGUACUUUCUACAGGGAUCUCAGAGAACUUAAUUAGAGCCCUGACAUUCUACUCCAGAAAGGCAGUCCCAAUUAGACCCAAUGCGAUUUUUUUCUCAAAAACGGUUAGGAUGAGGCUAGUAAGGAUUUUACUGCUCUAAGAAAAACUUGAAACUAUUUGAAGAUCUCCUAAUUCCCACCUACAUAUAGAUCCAAUUAUGUUAUUCUAAAUGAAGG